AUGUCAGUACAAAAUAUUUAUCAAAUAACUACUGGCAAUAGCAUAGCCAAUCACAAUUUGAUAGAUCACGGGGAUCUCAAAUAUACCUGGGAAGUCGAACUUCCUGCGACUACGCGGUAUUUUGCUUUAGGCUAUUCGAACUUCCUGAUGGCACUGCGACUACGCGGCGACCACGUCGAAAAGGAGGCUCUUGAAAUUAAAUUAAUAAAGAAGAAAUUAAUGGAUUUUAAGGAGAAUCAAAAUUAUGCGAGCACGUUAAAUCGUGGUGUGUUGGAGAAGCUAGAGAAUAUCAUUACUUCAAAUAAACAUAACUUAAAGAGGAAGACUGAUUCGUCAACAAGAACUCCACAUGUCUCAUUCUUAACAAACUCACCACACGGACCGUUCCCGAUGAAAAAGAAGAUAGUGAGUGCUGUAGACGAAUUUGAUGAAAAGGUCAAUAUGCCAUUGGAGAAUGUUAGUGAGUAUGAAGAUGGCUUGCGUAUUGUCUUUUGGAGUACAUUAAUUAAUUUUUCCAGUGAGAAUAUUGAAAUUGUUCAAGAGAUUCAAGAGGGUGUUAGGAAUAAUGAACAAAAAAGCGAACAGUAUAAGAAUGAAUUAAGAGAAUCACUUGAAAACUUACAAAAGGAAUUGGAAGAAUUAGUAAAUAUCGAUAUCGAAGAUGCUUUUUUACCUCUACUUCGUGAUCUUCAACUUCAUAUUUAUCGUUCUUUGGGUAUUCAAUUCAUUGAAGAUCCCAACACACAAAUUGAAAAUACGAAUUGUAAUUUCUCAUUUAUACUUUUAUAA